AUGCCACGCGGUGCACAUCUGUCUAUGGCCAUCGACAAAGAACAAGAGGGACCAGGACCAGAGGCUGCUGACAUCCAAGAACCUGAGGCCAUGGAGACCAUUCGCCAGCUUCGUGGCCUGGGCGUGGAUGCGGAUGUCGAUUUGCCUCGCAUCUGUGUCAUCGGCAAGCAGAGCUCCGGCAAAUCGUCGGUGAUGGAAGCCCUCACAGGUAUUGAGGUGCCACGUGCAGCGGGCACCUGCACGAGGUGUGCCUUCGAGAUCUACACGGCCUCCUCCGCUGUCGACUUCGAGUGUACGGUCAGCGUGCGCUGUGCAGAGCAGCCAAGGCUGGUGCUUGCAGAAAGUCAGGAGAAGUCCGAGGUGGCUGAGAUGCUGCGCCUGGCGCAGGAGCUCCUCCUGAACUCCGCGGGCUUGGAGAAGUAUCAGAGAAAGCUUCAGAAGCAGCGAGCGAAGCAGGGCAAGCAGGGACCCCUCACCUUGGAGUCCUUGCGUUGCGCAGCGCACCCAGAAAACUACGAGGACGAUGAGGACGGCAGGAGGCCAUUUACAACAGAUGUCGUCCAGGUGGACAUCAAGGGCAAGGGGUUCAAGGACUUGCAGUUGAUCGACCUCCCAGGUCUCAUAGCAUCAGGCGGAGAGGAGCUGGUGGAGCUUAUUCGAGACUUGUGCUGCGAGUACUUGAAGCGGGAGAACACGCUGAUUGCCAUGUGCUGUCCCUUUGAUGACGACUUGGAGAAUCAAGAAGUCAGGAGCUUGGCAAAACGGUACGACCCCGAUGGCCUUCGCACUGUUGGGAUCCUCACGAAGCCCGACAAGAUCCCGGAAGGACUCGAGGCACAGCGCCGGAGCCUGCUCCGCAACCCGGAAGGCCCUUAUCGGCUUCGGCAUGGAUACUUCGCGGUCAAGAACCCGGCGCAGCCGGCGAUACAACGCGGCAUCACAGCGAGGGAGGCCCGAGCAGAAGAGGCGGACUUCUUCGGAAAGUGGCAGGAUGCGCUGGAUCGGUGCGGAACCGAAAGUCUUCGCGAGUUCUUGGGCGAGCAGCUGCACCGCCUCAUCGUGGAGCAGCUAUGGGCUCAGUUGAACACAGCUGCCUGCGAGGUGGCUGACCCCUGCCAGACAUGCUUGGUUGGUUACUCACCGGAAAAGAAGCUGUCGAGAAGUCGCUGUAUUCCCAAGCCCCAACAAUCCUUGCGUGAGGAGCUCCAAGCGAUGGGAAGUGUUGUGAAACCAGAGCAGGCAAUGACUCACCUCGACCGCCUGGUUGACAGUAUCAAGAUCCGCCUUGACAGCUUGGUGGAGGCCAAGGAUCGCUCUGAGUUGAGCCUCUGGAAAGGUGUGGAGAAAGGGUACCUGGACCUGCGUGAGGCCUGCUACGCUUGUCGGCCUGUCUUCCAUGUGUGCGAAACACCUUUGGAUGACAGUGACCUCACAGACACCGCCAGAAAAGUGGAGCUGAGGAGUUGGAGGGAUUGGCAAGCCCUCACACGACACAUGAACCAUCGACGGAUUCUGGACAAAGGCAUCCAUGUGGGGUCGUUCCGACUUUGUGAGGGGGAUCGGGUCGUCGGGCCUCUCUGGAGCAAGCUUCCGGGAAGCACUGGGGAGCCGCGCUGCAGGUUGAACCAGAAGAGUGCAGCACCAGGGUGGCAAGAUGGCUGGGAGGCAGAGCCGACUGAGAGUGUUGACAGCGCGACGGGUGCUCGUAAAUCGGUGACCGUUUACAGAACAUAUCGCUGGCGACCGGCAGAGCUGCUGAAGGAGAAUCCGCGGUGGCCCGUGGCAGUGUUCGUGCAGUCACCACUGGACCGCAGUGCCAUCACCACCCUCGAAGAUCUGAGGAAGCGGAUCGAGGACAAAAGAGGUCGCGAGCUGAGGUUGCCGGGUGGCCCGGCGUCGUAUGCUGCUGCCCAGGAGGUGAUUGGCAAAGCCAUUGAGAAAUGGCGGGUCCCAGCCGAAAGAUGCAUUUCAGACGCCAGCCACAAGCUGGAGGCUGCAAUCUGCAACGUGGUUUCCGAGGUAACGAUGCCGUAUUCGAAGCUGUUCGAGACUGUUAAAGCCUCACUCCUCGCCGCGCUGUCUGAGGCAUUUGCAGACUGCAAGAGGGGAACGGAAAAGUUGCUUCAGCAAGAGCAAUCUCCAGAUCUCUUCACCCAGAAUGACCACUACUUGCAGGACAGCUUCCACAAGGCCCGAAGAAUGGUAAAGCGGCUUCUCGGCCUGGAGGUGGAUUUUGACGAGUUGGAGCCCGAAAAGCAGACGCAGCUUCGGCAGCUUCUGCGCGAGAGUGGCCUGCAGUGGUGCGCUGACGUGAGCGAACCAUCGCAGGAUGACGAUGCAAUUUGGAGCCUUUGCAUGGCGCACGCGUACCACAAGGUGGCCUUCAAGCGCUUCUGCGACCAGCUACCCCGAGAGGUGGACCACAUGCUGUUGCGUCCUGUGGUCCGCAAGAUCAAGGACAGCAUCUGGAACAGUCUGCAGGACGCGAUCCAGGCAGGAAAUGUGCACCAUUUCUUCUUGGAAGAUCAGAGGACGCUAGAGAAGCGCAAGCAGCUGGAGGACAAGGCCAGGCCAUGCUGUAAAUGUAGGGCGGUUCUUGGGGCCAGGAUGUGGGGCCUUGGAGGGCCUCAGACCUUUAUUCUGGAUGUGUCUGUUUGCAGAUGGGUGCAACAGAAUCCUGCAGUUGUGAAGGCUAGCCACAUCCUACACCGGAGAACUUAA